AUGGUCGCCCGCUGGCGCGACGACGGCUACGACGUCGGCCCCGAGCUCACAGACCUCAUCGCCACGCUGCGCAGGAUACGCGACGAGGAGCUCGAGCACCUCGACCACGCCGUCGAGCACGACGCCAAAAAGGCGGAGCCCCACUGGCUGCUGACCGGCGUCAUUCGCGCCGGCUGCAAGGGCGCCAUCUGGGUGAGCGAGAAGGUCUGA